AUGACAUUUUUAGCAAAUGUCUACGGAUUCAGACUGCACAUAGAUACUCCGUUGCUUCUCAACAAUGAUUCAGAAGAGAACAAAUUUUACCACUAUGAACCGCCAAAUCGUGAAAAAGAUGAAGUUCAAAGCAGUCAAGAACAAUAUAGGCUCUCAAUUGAGGAAGUAGUUGAAGAGUUCAACACUAAUUUGUCAAAUGGAUUAUCACCGAAGGAAGCUGAGUCGAGGAUUUCCACUUAUGGUGCCAACAAUUUGGGAAAAGAGGACUCCAUAUCGUAUACCAAGAUCUUGGCACAUCAAGUAUUCAAUGCUAUGAUUUUGGUGUUGUUCAUCAGUAUGAUUAUUGCACUUGCUAUCAGAGAUUGGAUUUCAGGUGGUGUCAUUGGUUUUGUUGUUGGUAUAAAUAUCCUUGUUGGGUUUGUUCAAGAGGUUAAAGCUGAGAAGACAAUGGGGUCAUUGCGUAACUUGUCAUCACCAACUGCAAGAGUUACUAGAGAUGGUAGUGAUGUUACAGUCCCCGCUGAGGAAGUUGUCCCUGGUGAUAUUGUGCAUGUCAAAGUUGGAGACACAGUUCCCGCGGAUUUGAGGUUGUUUGAUUCCAUGAAUUUGGAAACUGACGAAGCAUUGUUGACGGGGGAGUCAUUGCCUGUACAAAAAAAUCACACUGUUGUGUAUGACGAUUAUUCCGUGCCUGUCCCAGUGGGUGACAGGUUAAACUUGGUUUAUUCAUCCUCGGUUGUUUCAAAGGGUAGAGGAUCGGGUAUUGUUUAUGCAACUGGGUUGAACACUGAAAUUGGUCAAAUUGCACAAUCUUUGAAAGGUGAUACUGGUUUGAUUCGCAAAGUUGACAGGUCAAAUGGUAAACCUAGAAAAAGAGACUACGGACGUGCUUGGGCAGGAACCGUUUACAACGUUGUUGGAAACAUUCUCGGUGUGACUGAGGGGACGCCGUUGCAAAAGAAACUUUCUUGGUUGGCAAUAUUCUUGUUUUGGGUGGCUGUUGUUUUUGCCAUUGUUGUUUUGGGCUCACAAAAGAUGAAUGUCACCAGGAACGUGGCCAUAUAUGCCAUUUGUGUUGCAUUGUCAAUGAUUCCGUCGUCACUUAUUGUAGUAUUGACCAUCACAAUGGCCAUUGGAGCUCAAGUGAUGGUGACAAAACAUGUCAUUGUGAGAAAGUUGGACUCGUUGGAGGCGCUAGGUGGUAUCAACGAUAUCUGUUCCGACAAGACGGGUACAUUAACACAGGGUAAAAUGAUUGCCAAAAAAGUCUGGUUGCCAAAUGUUGGUACAUUGGAAGUGCAAAACUCAAACGAGCCUUAUAACCCAACAGCAGGCGAUGUAAGGUAUGCACCAUAUUCACCGCUUUACAUUAAGCAGACUGAUGAAGAAAUUGAUUUCAAAAAGCCUUUCCCAGACCCAAUGCCACAAAGCAUGCACGACUGGCUAAUGACUGCCACUUUGGCCAAUAUCGCCACCGUCAACCAAAGCAAAGACGAAGAGCUGGGUGAAUUAGUUUGGAAAGCUCAUGGGGAUGCCACUGAAAUUGCCAUUCAGGUUUUCACCACCAGAUUGGGCUAUGCAAGAGAGUCGCUUGUUGACGGAUUUGACCAUGUUGCUGAGUUCCCCUUUGACUCAUCAAUUAAAAGAAUGUCGGCAGUUUACAAGGACAAGUCUGGAGAGACUAGAGUCUACACAAAAGGUGCCGUUGAAAGGGUUGUGCAAUUGUGCACCACAUGGUAUGGUGAAGGCAGUAAUGAUUCACAAGAAUUGAGAAAGUUGACUGAUGUUGACAAGCAAACCAUUGAAGGAAAUAUGUCUGCACUUUCAUCUCAAGGGUUGCGUGUAUUGGCGUUUGCUACUAGAUCCUGUGAUGGCGUUUGUGAUAGUCGUGACGCUGUUGAAUCCAACUUGAUUUUCCAAGGUCUUAUUGGCAUUUACGACCCACCAAGAGAAGAGACCCGUGAUUCGGUAAAGUUGUGUCAUCGUGCUGGUAUCAAUGUCCAUAUGCUUACUGGUGACCAUCCAGGUACUGCAAAAGCCAUUGCUCAGGAAGUUGGCAUCAUCCCUCACAACUUGUACCACUACUCAGAAGAGGUUGUCAAGGUAAUGGUUAUGACGGCUAACGAAUUUGAUGCUUUAUCGGAUAACGAAAUUGACAACUUGCCUGUAUUGCCAUUGGUAAUUGCUCGUUGCGCACCACAAACCAAAGUGCGUAUGAUUGAGGCGUUGCAUAGAAGAAAGAGAUUUGUGGCAAUGACUGGUGAUGGUGUUAAUGACUCCCCAUCUUUGAAGAAAGCCGAUGUUGGUAUUGCUAUGGGUAUGAAUGGGUCCGAUGUGGCAAAAGAUGCCUCCGAUAUUAUCCUUACUGACGACAACUUUGCCUCCAUUUUGAAUGCCAUUGAAGAGGGUAGAAGAAUGUCGUUGAAUAUUCAGAAAUUUGUUUUGCAAUUGUUGGCUGAAAACGUUGCCCAAGCUAUCUACUUGAUGGUGGGGCUUGUGUUUAUGGAUAAUGAUGGGUUCUCAGUGUUUCCGCUUGCUCCAGUUGAAGUUUUGUGGAUCAUUGUUGUCACUUCAUGUUUCCCAGCCAUGGGAUUGGGGCAAGAGAAGGCACAAUCUGAUAUCCUAGACUUGCCACCUAGCAACACCAUUUUUACGUGGGAAGUCAUUAUUGAUAUGUUUGCUUAUGGGAUCUGGAUGGCGGCUUGCUGUCUUGCUGCAUUUGUUGUUAUCCUUUACGGUAAAGGCAACGGAGAGUUGGGCUCAGAUUGCAACACUGGAUCUGGAGAGCAGUGUAAGUUGGUGUUCCAAAGUAGAUCAGGAGCCUUUGCCGCUUUCACUUGGUGUGCCUUAUUACUCGCGUGGGAGUGUAUUCACUUGAGGCGUUCCUUCUUCCACAUGCACCCUGAUUCGGAAAAACCAUGGUAUUUGCAAUUGGCGUCUGACUUAUGGGAGAAUCAAUUCCUCUUUUGGUCAAUCAUAUUUGGGUUUGCAACUGUUUUUCCCUUGGUGUAUAUCCCGGUCAUCAAUGACAAGGUGUUCUUGCAUGGACCAAUUGGAUAUGAAUGGGGUGUUGCCGUUGCUUUCACAGUGGCAUUCCUUAUUGGGGCGGAGGUCUGGAAGCUGAUCAAGAGGGUUUACUUCAGAGCGCAAUCGCGCAAGAGAAGUGAUAUUGAUGCUGGCGAUGUGUUUGAAAAGUACGCGUCAUUCAGCAAGGAGAACACCUUGGUUUAA